AACAAAAUCUUGUUCACUUCCCUAAAACCGCUUUUGCGAUUGUCUUAUUUGCAACACGAACUUUGAAAAUUUUCUUUAGUUUUAUUAUUUUCAGCAAAGGAAAAAUUAGUUAUUUGUCGCUGAGUUGAAAGUGCUUUUUUUAUAGUUUGAUCAAAAAUGGUGGUUUUUACGUGCAAUCAUUGCGGGGAGAGUUUGCAAAAACCACGUGUUGAAAAACAUUACAGUUUUCAGUGUAGAAGACCCAAAUCUCUAACUUGUGUUGAUUGUUUUAAAGAUUUUAAGAAUGAAGAAUAUGUGGUUCAUACCAAAUGCAUCACAGAGGAAGAAAGAUAUUCAGCUAAGGGUUCCAUUCCUGGAGGAGUUGUUAAAAAAGGGGAGGUAAAACAAGAAUCGUGGACUGACAUGAUAAAAUCAAUUGUGCAAACUGAAACAAAUAUGAAACCGUCUUUGAGAAAUUUGUUUAAUUCCAUUUCAAACUAUUCCAAUGUACCAAGAAAAAAAGUCAAGUUUAUUAAUUUUUUGAAAAGUUCCACUGGGGGUAGAGUCAAUUUUGAUGAUAUUGAAGCAGCCUGGGGCUUAAUCGAGAAACAUAAAAAUGAACAAAACAAGAAUAACAACCAAGAGAAUGGAAUUAAACAUAAAUUGAAUGGCGACAGUGAAGAAGCACCUGCAAACAAGAAAAAAAAGAUAGAAGAAAGUGAAAAUAAAAAUAGUGAGGACGAUGUAUUUAGUUUUAAGGGGACAAUUUUAAAAAUUUUGAGUGCAAAAGGCAGUAUUUCGUGUAAAAAAUUGCAAAAGAAAGUUCUUAAUGCAUAUUUGAAGGAAACAGGAAACGCAGAAUACACUGAAAAGACAAUAAAAAAAUAUAACAAAAAAUUAAAGAAAUUACCCAAUGUUGUAAUAAGUGACGACGUUGUGUCGCUUGUUACAAAUGAGCAAUAAAAAACUUAUAAAUAACUUGUUUU